AACAAACGUCAGUCAGAUGGCAAGUUUUCAAAUUGCAGUGAAAAGCUCUUUAUUUUGGACCCUAAAUUAGAAAAUGAAGCAAAAAUAACACAUAAGAAUGGAACCUUACUUAAAAGAAGGCCAUCCGAUUCCUACGAUUCAAAAUCAAGAUGUGAAUAAAGCCGAAUCGGUUGAAAACUUUCAGAAAUUCUUUUACGAUUUGUUUGAUAAAAAUGGUAUUCUCAACGACUUGAGAGCUUACUUACGCGGGCAUAUUGUUGAUGUGUUAAAAAGUGCGCAAACUGGAGAGCCUCCGUCAUGUGAAAAGCGGUUUACGCAGCGUCUGGACUCUACUUUCCAGGCUUUGAACAUGCUAGUUGCCGAGUAUUUGCUAUGUUUGGAGUUCAACUACAGCCUCUCUGUGUUUGUGUCGGAGAUACCGCUAGCCAACAUGGUGUUUGGUCUCGCCAAAUCCCUCAUGGGCAUGGGGGCCGAUGGAGAGGCCACCAAACUUAGGUUCGGAGAUAAUGAUGUGUGGUCCGUAUUGAAUUAUUUAGGUGUUAAGUGUGACUCCGAGCAUGCCAACGCCAUUGUAGAUAUGUAUAAGGCACAGGAAAAGACUUCACUAUUGCUUUGCAUCCUCAAGUGUGCACAGCUGUGUGAAAUAGAAUUAAAUGAAACUGUAUCACAAGGCAGUAUCUCCUCCAGCUCGAAGAGUUCCCAGGAUAAGCGGUCGCAAUGUAAACACGUUACAUUCUGUAAAGCAUGUCGCGGACGAUACAGACGGCUAAAGGAGAGAUAUAGGAAGAAAAAGGCACGUUAUCUGCAGAAGGCACAAGCGAAUGCAAAAGCACUGAAUGUGGAAACUCUUAUCAAGAAUAUCAGUGUAUUGGAACGAAGCCUAGUUGACGAGAUGUUCGAACAAUUGAAGACGGUAUACGAGUCGGAGUUAGACAUGUUCAAGGCCGAACACGAAGGGAAACUCAAAAACUCACUCGCCAGCCAUGUGAAGCACUUCCAACGGAUGCAAAAAGAGUUGGAAGAAUCGUACAAAGCCCGCGAAGAGGCCCUAAAAGCGAACAUCGUCGACAAGAAGCGCUUCCUGUGGGGGCUCGCGCAGGCUCUGAGGGCGCAGCACGCGCAGAUGACCAAAGCCAUGCGGGCUGUUAGGAAACAGACUGCGGAAAUCGCUCAACAGGAACAAAACCUGAAACUGCAGCGGACAGAAGCCGAAGAAUCUCUAAAGAAAUGCGCUGAAGAAAUGAGACAGCAAAUAGCAGAAGAACUGAACAUUCUAGAACGACACUUAGACACCAUGAAGAGCGAGAGAGAAAGCAUCAAUAGAGAGAAAACGAACUCUGAAACCAAAAUAAACAAUGAAGUCCAAAACUACUUACAAAACCAUUAUCAUCUAUGGAAAGAAGAGUUAAAUGUACUGAAGAUAUGUAUGGAAAAUGCUACGAUUCAGCCUAAGAGUGUAAUAGAAAGGAGUACGGUCACUGAUGAUGUGUUUAAGGGGAUGAACAAUGAGAUAGAGAGAGACAGAGUGGUUAGAGAAGCAAGGCCCAACCAGGUUGUUAAUGAUUUGAAGAAACAGAAGAAUGUUAAUUUUAAUCAGGCCAAGUCGGAAGCCGCGUCUCGCAGCUCUUCGAGUUCGGAAGAACGUCAUAUGCGCAGCGAGAGACAGUCAACACACGUCAGGCCGGUAUCUCCUCAGCGCGCACCCGUUUCGCUUCUAGAGCAGAGCAUACGAGAGACAGAGUGUGGCUGGCGAAAAGGCGCAGGUGAAGAGCGCACUAUACUCCCUAGUGCAAGAAUAUUGGUCCCCGGCGACACCAUACCGUUCGUGGGCGUCGUCGGUCGCAGGAGCGACAGCCGCAGACACCUGCUGAACCGGUGGCGUAUGCUCCGGCGCCGUGUGUCACCGUUCGACGCUGCGCUGGCGCAUCCCGAGCCGCCCGACAUACCAGAUAAAAACAUCGGGAUCCGAGUACAGUCUUCGGAACCCAUUCGUAACACGGGAGAGAUUCACCAGGAUACCAUGCCAUCAACGCCGACUAGAGAUAUACGACCUGCAGUUGAUACGGUAACGGAAUCUCCGAAAACAGGGGAAAGAAGCCCGCGGUCCGUCCUGAAAGAAGCUAAAGAGAAAUUGAAAACCGUGACCCGAGCGUCGGCCUCGCGCGAGAAGAGUCCGAGCGCGAUGCUGCGCGAGGCCAAGCGCCGGCUCCGCAAGUUGGAAAUCGAGGCAGAGGCCGUCGAGCGCUCCUACAAAGAGUUCCGUCGCCGCCGGGUCCAAGGCCUUCAACGGGAUGAUCUAACGCCUUGCAUACCAACUACGGAAAGCAAACUGUCGACGCAUCACAAGGAAGAGGCACCUGAACCCAGAUCACAACUGCGUCCGACAGAUUCCGUGCAUUUAGACAUAGAGAAAUACCUCAAGAAGUACCAAAUCAAUCUCGACUUAGGACAAGACCAUUUUAAAAACAAAAAUACCGCAACCAAACUAAAGGAUCCGGAAGCUUGUUCCGAAAUAAAUAGAAAAUUUAAACGCAUACCUAAACAAGACUACUUAGAAAAACCUAUUUCAGAAUUUAGAAAAUUAUACUACACUAACCCGGAACGGGAAUAUCACAAUCAAAUAUCUCUGGACAGUGAUGAGCCUUUAUGUAGAAGCAGAGAGAGAGAAAAAUCGUCGGAUAUGAGCAUAGAGAAAGACAAUACAAGAAAGGAGCUAGAGAUACUUAAGCAAAGUAUAACCAGAAACUACGAGUUGCAAGAUCUGCCAACGAAAGACACUAUUGACGUAUCGAAUGAGGAAAACACAUCCGAUAAUAUUUUGUUAGUAGAAGUAGAAAAUGUUAGUGAGGUAAAAGAGAUAAAUGUUGAAGAUCAAACAGACAUGGUAGUAGUUAUAGAAAGCUCGGUGGAUUCCAAGGAAGUGGUGUCAGAGCGAGAGGACAAUGCAGAGCCAUCGUCCAAAAUCACCAUAGUCAUCAGUCCAAAGCAUAUAAAGGAAAAUAAUAAAACUCCAUCGGUGCGAGAAGAUAACAUUAUGACAGCGAAAGAAUAUUACGCAGCGAGCGGCGAAAAUUAUACUCCAGAGAAUAUACAAAUAGAAUUAAGAAAUGAACCUGACUCUGAACUACAGAUACCGGCGCAUAAUUCAGUUUUUGAAACUAUAGAAGUUGUGGACUAUCCCGAUGACUUUUCGGACGAUGUGGACUACUACAAGGCGGAUGAUAACUCUCCUAUAUCCCUCCCGAAAACAUCCGAAGAUGAAAACUUUUGGGAUUAGUAUCUACAAAUGAAACAAAGCUCAACUAUAGUCAUAAUUUAUUUUUCUAAUGUUUAUUGUGAAUUAAACAUAUAAUAUAAAACAUACAUAUUAUUUUA